ACGUUAAAUUAACGCGACGGUCAAAACUCGUGUUACAGUGGAACGCGAGAAUAUGUAGUUCUCAAUGUCACAGGGUUCUUCAGCACAGCGGGUCGAAGAAAGACCGUUUUAAAUAACGGCUGUGUGACAUUAAAGAUGCGGAAUAGUCUACAUGCAGGCACUGACGUCUCCAUGCAUUCCUGAAAGUUCUGCUUGGCCUCCCCGGUUUCCAGUUUAAAGUCCACUAUGUCAAGCCAUUGGUGCAGAUCAGCGUCGCUGGUGAUCCGCUUUGCGUGCGGCCACAGUCUCACAGGCAGAUCCUGUUUGAACAGAGUGUCGUGUCCUGCCGUGUGUGGACGUGUUGUUGGAGCUCCCGUGUUCAACAGAAGGCUCUACAGCUCUGGCCGGCCCACGCUUGGUUUAGAGCAGAGCGCCUGCACAGACAAAAGCCCUCGUUCUACAGUACUCCCACUGAGGAACUUGUCAGCUGUUGCUGCUCAGGGCCACACACAUCCUCUGUGUCAGCAUGAAGACCUGGAUGUUAGAGACAUUGAAGAGAAAAUACGCCGCACUCUGGGCAGUAGACAACAGAAACACUACCUGGUGGAUCCACAGCUGGCCACGGUCGUGGCCCAGCAUCUCAGGACAGGGGACACUGACAGUGUCAUUUUUGAAUGUAACCCAGGUCCUGGAGUUUUGACCAGGGAACUGAUUAAUGCUGGAGCUCAGAGGGUCGUGGCCCUUGAAGGAGAACGCUCCUUCCUGCAUGAUCUCAGGGAGCUGGAGGUUCAGCUGGGCGCUCAGCUGGAGGUGCUUCACUGUGACUACUUCAAACUGGAUUCUGUCAGCUACAGCAGACACAACUCUCCUUACAUGACCUCUGAGGAACUGUUCAGUCGCCUGGGAAUAUCAGAGCGCGCUUGGACUGAAGGCGUCCCAGUGAAGGUGGUUAGUAUCCUGCCCCAGCACAAGGAGCGCAACAUGCUGCUGAAGAUGGUUUAUGUGUUGUUGGAGCGAAUGUCGGUGUUCAGAUAUGGAAGAAUAGAACUGAACUUCUUCAUCAGUGAGCAGGAGUAUCUGAAAAUGAUGUCAUGUCCAGGCGACAUGAUAAACUACAGAUCGUCCAGUGUCCUGUGGCAGAUGGCCUGUGACAUCAGACUGUUGAUGAAGGUACCGUUGGAGUCGUUUGUGACGACAAGAAAGAACAGAACUGUUCAUAAAGGCAAGGUUCCCAACGAUCACAUGUGCCUGGUGCGUCUGUGUCCACGUCCACAUCUGUUCUCUGAAGGCCUCAACUCAUCCAAUGCCAGGGCCCUGGUCAUGUUGAUCCGACAGUGUCUGGUCAAGAGGAGGAGCAAGCUGAUUGACAAGCUCAAUCAGUGGUCACACAAAAGUGGACGUUUACUGUUGAGUGAGAUGGCACUCCCCAGGGACGUUCUGACGGGACAUGUUUCUCCAGACCAGUAUCUGAGACUCUUUCUACUAAUGCACCACAGCCAGGACUUUGCAGAGUUGUCUUUAUUUGAAGAACCCCGAGACCCAAGCAUACAGCUAUGUCUAACAUGAUGAUGAUGAUGAAGAUGAAGAAGAACAACUUGGGACAUCUUCAUCAGCUCUGUAACACUGACAUCUCACCAUCCUUCUUACACAACUUCUGUUCUGUUCCUGUAUGUGAAAAAACCCCAUGAUCAGAGUUCCACCAUCAUGUUAUUCCAGAAAAGUCUUCAUCUGAGUUGGGACGAUAUUUACAUUUGAAAUGAAAAAUAACUAAAACCUGGGUGAGAUCAAAUAGAACUACAUGAAUAUCAGUCCAACCAAGAACCUGGUUGUUGAAAAGGAGUCUGGACUCUACUGAGCAGUUCUACAGGAGGCAGGACUUGGACCAACCUAUGGCCCACAGGGUGGUGGACAGGCUGGACUAAGGUCUAUGUCCCACUCUGACAUACCCACUCUGUGUAAUUGUGUACAGUGAGAAUAAAUGUGAUGCCUGUUAUUUAUUCUUACAGAACUUUAUUAAUGCGUCAUCUGAUAAAGUCAUCCCUGGACUAUAAAUAAAUAAUGAUGGACAACUGUUCACUUUCAUUUGAAUACUAGCUCUUGUGCCAAAAAAAGUGUAGACGACAGUGCUUAUGACUUGGUUAAGUCCAGAAUAAAUCAUCAAUGUUGCCAAUCAUAGG